AUGCAGGCUCCGACAAACCGCUCCGACUCCUACCCUUUCCCGCCAUUGGUCGAUGAGCCGUCCAAUAUCCCUCUGCCAGAGCUUUGCGAACGGAUCGAUGCCCGAAUAACAGCGUUCUUGGCACAGAAGCCGGGAUCGGAGAGAUUGAAGAGGGUACAGGAACAGACGAAGGUGGCAUUGGGGGUCAUUGACAGCGCUCUGGACAGAUAUGGUUUAAAUGCGCUGUCGCUUUCUUAUAAUGGCGGGAAAGACUGCCUUGUCCUCCUGAUCCUCUACCUCUGCGCUAUCCACCGCCGACAGGCCCUCUCGACUCUCCAACCCCCCAACGACGCGAACCCCACUCUCCUCCAAACCGUAUAUAUCCAGUCCUCAGACCCCUUCCGCGAGGUUGAAGACUUUGUUGCCUCGUCAUGUAAAACCUAUCACCUUUCCCUGGUGCGAUAUUCGUCCCCGAUGAAGGCGGCCUUUACCGAGUACCUGGACCAGCACACAAACAUCCGAGCCAUCUUCGUCGGCACUCGACGGACCGAUCCACACGGAGCACUUUUGACGCACUUCGAUCCGACGGAUCAUGGAUGGCCCAGCUUCAUGCGGAUUCACCCAGUGAUUGAUUGGCACUAUGUUCAAAUCUGGACGUUUAUACGACACUUGAAUAUCCCGUACUGUCCGUUGUAUGACCAGGGCUACACGUCUCUCGGAGGCACCACCGACACGCAUCGAAACCCGGCUCUACGACGCGAAUCGCGAUCGGAGUCCGGACGGUCGAUGAUCGAGUUUCGACCGGCGUAUGAGCUGGUAGACGACGAUGAGGAGCGGUUGGGAAGGGAGCACAAUCAUAAUCAAGGGAGCGGGAAUCUGGAUGACGCGAUCGCUGAUGAUAGCGAGAUAGAGAAAUAG